CAGUGUCAGGACAGUCAGUUUGAUGUCAGUCUGAUGGCAGUUUGAUGUCGAGCUGAGAGGAUGACAGGAGACGAUCAGAGUAGUUCCUGCGCAUGUUUCACAAAAUGUCGCACAGUGUCAACCUGGCCUUAAGUCGAAUUGUUUUCCAUUCACCAGACGCCCGUGGCUUUGACACCUUCACAAAAAUAAAAUAAUGCCCAAGCUUAGACUCAUCCACUAGCUCCUCAUGUAUCCUGAAUAAAAGGUGUUUAUUUGUCUAGCGAAUAUUACAAAAGGCAUCUGUAACUAUUACAAAGAAAGCAACAGGUCAACGCCUACCUUGCGAGCUAAAAAUGUGGAUGACACAGGUGUCACGAGCACCACACCUUGUCCUUUGUGACCAACAGUGAGGGAGGUGUUACAUACCAACACAAAGCCAGGAUAAUGCCAGGAAUUCGUGAACUAUUGAGUCCACGUGACCGCAAUGGCUUCAUGGACACUGCCAAAAGAAUGUCAUCAGGUGUCCUCCCUACAGAUGCUGGGCUUUGUUUGGACAACACCAUCGGCAGUAAACGCCGUGUAGGUAUGCAGAUAGAUAUUGAGAUAAUACCCUUAUAAUCAUUCAUAUCCUGUCAACAAUUGCACAUCCUUGCGCCCACACGUGCGAGUCCACGUGAAAGACAUUUCACAGGAACAGCGAUUCUUUGAACAGCUCAGGAGGAGGGUCUGUGAUAAGAUGCAAUAUCCACCUCCUAAUUCCGUAAUAUACUUUAUUUGUUAAUGUUUUUCACUGUAAAGUGCACCAUGAAACCCUCCCAUUAGUUUUUUUAAUGUGUCCCAUCACAAACAAAAAGUUUAUUGUUCCCAUAAAAGAAAAGCCUCGGGUGUUUAUGUUUUGUGUGUGUUUUUGCGCCGUGACCGGAGGAUUUUGUCUAAUGACUAAACGAGGAACACCCAGCAUGCAGUGCGAUGUGAGAUGGGAUGCCAGGUGUUAGUGGUGAUGACAGUAGUGUCACACUUAGCAGUCACGACAGUCAUGUCACACUUAGCAACAGGAAACACCGGUAGAAGGUAGGAAACAGUUUCACAACUCCGGACAGGUCAAACAAUCACUCCGACUGAGACUGGGAGGAUAAUCACCGGAACUGGCAGCGACGAGUAGGACAAGCGUUCAGACUGGAUUGUGAAGACAAUCAGAUUGACUAGGACUGGGAAGCAGGCUGCAAUCAUUCACCCUGACAAAGAUGUUGGUAUGAGUAGCAGCAAUGAGGGUGUAGACUGCGUACUCACACCUGGGACAUCGUCACCACCGGUGUCCGCCACCUCAACGCAGUCACAAAGUCAGAAGGAAGGAAGGAAGGAGAGAGUGAGGUGUCUGCAGGUAUUGACAACAACAAGCUUGCCACAGGUGACUCACAGAUCACAAGAGAUGUGUUAAAGAAAAAUAAAUAGAAGACAGGCCAUCAAGUGCUAGCCAGCCUGCAGACAAUACUCGGCUGUUAAGGGCCCGACAUUGUGGUCGUCACAAGAGGUUUUCUACCGCACAGAUGGCGCUUCGUCGCUUGGACCAAAGAAGGCUGACACUAGGACACCAGGAGCCCCCCCGGUACUGGCGAGGACCCUCGGCUCCAGGAAAGCAACCAACGGUCCAUUUCGCAUGUCAGUCUGGCAUGGAGCAGACAGAAGCCAGAAACAGGCGCUGGCGUCUGCCGGACGUCCUCUCGGAAUGCCCCAAGCCAUCCCUCGGGGACUGCUUCUGCAAGCAAGAGGCCCCCAAGGUGGAGCCAGCCAGCAAGACUCAGGUGGGCAAGGAGAUCGGACUCAUCUAUGGAGGGUCGCUCAUCGUCAACACGCUGAUAGGUCCGGGUAUAUUCACGUCGCCAAAGGGUGUGAUCAGCGGUGCCGGGUCAGUCGGUUUGUCGCUAGUCAUCUGGGCCGCGUGCGGAGUCUUCAGCACCAUGGCGGGGUUGUGCUUCGCGGAGCUGCGUGAGUCAGUGAAGCGUGAAGGGGUGGAGUACGCCUACAUCACCGAGGCGUUCGGCCCGCUGGCCGGCUUCGUGUACUGCUGGAUGCGCAUCGCCGCCGCGGAGCCGGUGGGCACGGCCGUCUUCGCCCUGGCGCUGGCUGACUACUCCGUCGCCGGCAUCUACGGCAACUGCCUCUCGCCCACCGUUGUCGUAAAAACCAUCGCCGCGCUGGCCGUGGUGACCCUGGCGCUGCUCAACGUCUUCAGUCAGAAGCUCGCUGACCGCGUGCAGGUGCUGGCAUCCGUGGGCAAGGCCACAGCUCUCACUGUCAUCAUCCUCUUCGGCAUCAAAAACAUCGCCGAAGGUCGUACUAAGCAGCUGGAAACAGGUUUUGAGGGCACUGUUGACCACCCCACCGACAUCACUUUUGCCAUUUACAACGCUCUGUGGGCGUAUGGUGGGUGGGCCAACGUCAAUCACGUGACCACUGGACUAAGGAAACCACCAAGGAACUUGCCGCGACUGGUGAAGACAGUCAUACCCUUUGUCAUGACAAUAUAUGUACUAGUGGUGACAUCCUAUUUCACGGUGAUGUCCAAACAAGAGAUGAUCAGCUCUGAAGCUAUUGGUGUGACUUGGGCUCAUGGCGUCUUUACAAAAGGCGCAAGUAGUAUUAUUCCCAUUGGUGUUGGCUUGACAGCGCUCGGCUCUCUCAAUGCAACAUUUCUUUCGUCCGGCAGAUUAGCUGGUGUAGCGGUGAAGGACAGUCAGAUGCCGGAAGUUGCAUCCUGGGUGCACGUGCGCAGUAAAACUCCAAUCCUCAUCGUGUACUUGAGGAUGGUGAUAGCCAUCAUCAUGAUCUCUGUGGCAGACAGUGGUCAGCUGGUGCGUUUCUUCAUCUUCUCGGUGUGGCUGUUCCACGGUACAGCGAUGCUCGCCCUCAUCGUCCUCAGGGUCAAGAACAAAGACAAAGUUCGACCCUACAAGGUGAACCUAGUCCUACCAGUGGUGGUGGUCUUGAUCAUCGCUUUCCUGUUGAUCGGCCCCUUCCUGCGGUCACCUAACCCAGAGUUCAUCAGCUCCCUCGUUCUCGUCGGGCUGUCCCUCCUGUGUUACCUGCCCAUGCACUGGUUCUACUCCAGGGCCACGCUGCCUGACAAACUCAUCAUCUGGCUUCAGCUGCUAUUCAGGAUAGCACCUAAGAAAAUUCUGGCAAGGUACGAGAGACGCCGCAGUUCUGUAGCCAACCUGCUCCUGUUACAAAAUUUGGCGGCUGCCAUGUCAACAGGAAAUGAUCCUGACAGUGAUCUUCGCCGGAUGUCCAUCAUGAGGCGGUUAUCAACAGCAGUUGCACGCAACAGCAUUCUGGUCCCUGGCGGUGCCUCGCCGGUCUCCCUCCGACGACUGUCGGACGCCAUGCUGACCUCUCUGUCGCGCAUGCCCAGCCUGGAAAAGUCGUCCCCCGUUGUUAAGAAGCGCUUUUCUCCGUCACCAUCAAUCAUAAGGCAAAUCAACAAGAACCGCUCUCUGGUCGAAGCCGACGUGAGACGAGGUCGCUCUAACAGUCUCUUUCCCUGGGUUGGUACAGGCCAUAGCGAGUCUUCUGCCCCUGUCUACCGCCCCAACGCUCGCGCCUCUAGCUCCUUCGGAUCCGGGGACGGACACGCACGUCCCUUGCCUAGAGUGGAAAGCAUGCCUACCCCAGCCUCCAUGUACACUGGCAACAGUUCAGCAAACGACACCACGCACAGCGACACCAAAGUCGCCAACCUGUCCAAGCUAAACGGCUCAGUCCCCACUAUCAAAACGUAUUCCCUUCCCCCGGGAGUUACCAAAGGCCAACGUGUUACCUACAACAAUGACGUCAGCCGAAACCUUCCCAACGGAGGCGCUGUCAACAGCACCCACACCACCACCGCCACCGCGGUGUCCAGCAACAUGGCAAGCAGCCGCAACGGCAGUUUGGUGUCUUUCUCGAACACAAGCUCUUGCACCCAGGCCACCAUCCCCGAGGAGCUGUCAGCGGGCGACACUAGCUUGGCUGUAAACAAAGGGGACCUAUCUUGCCACCAGAGUGAUAAAAGUCUGACCCUACCUGACGAGUACGAAAGUGAUGACGGAAGACAGUACGAGCUUCUGGCGCUGCCCAUAUUUCCACCGGAAGAAGGAAGCUCUGACAGUUCCGAUUCCGAUUCCAGUUCUGAUCUGGACUCAUCAAGGGACGACCUGGGUGGGAUUGAGUCUCUCUUCGGACUUACUUCCACGGGGUCCUCCAGGGGCUCCUCGGAUGGGAGCUCCUCAGAUGACGAGGAGGACUCCUUCCAUGAGCAGCAACGCCUGCAGGACGAGUUGCGGUCAGAAUUGCAUGAAAUCAUUUUGUCCAACAUCGCCAACGAUUCUGCUCGGAGUAACUCCUUGACUAGCGUCUGACACAGCUGUCUGACAUUUGGACAUACGAGAAGCAGAUACAGGUGCACAUCUAUGCUGACCUGUUCACCAGCCACUGUAUGAACAUGGUGGCUUACCCAACGUUCUGCUGGCCAAAGAAAAUCUUUUGGACGAAGUUUUAGCAUAAAAUUUACUGUUUCGUGACAAUUUUAUGUCCUGUGACAAAAAACUGUGAUACAGACUUCCCUUUCUGAUUCCUUAAAAUACUUGCCAGCUAGCACGCCAUUACUUCGAGCUUUGACUUCACCGAGAACAUCGCCGUCAUUUUUGUCACGUAUACGGCACUCCUUUAAAUAUUGUCGAUUUAAGGGCAGAUAAGUGUUUAGGUUCCUCGUGCUCAGCAUACAUUAUUGCACUGCUUCUAUGAAACAGUGAUAUAAUGAGCAGACUGGGGCUGAUGUAAAAUAUUAAAGUUAAUGUAAAUGCUUUGAGUGUGCUUUGUUACAUAUUUAAAGCAAGUUCCUCGGAGAUAAAUAGUCCUAACAAUAAACUUGCCUUCAAGGUUUGCCAUCAGGAUGGUUUAAUGUGCGUGAGAGAAACGUAUGAGUCAGUUUGAGGAUCAAGAGAGAAUUACUGCCUUCAGCAACUGUAUAUAACCAUUAAGCCGUUCUUAUCUCUGUUUCAUUGAUAGCCCUCAAACUAGUUUCAAGGAAGCCAUCUUUGUCAUGCAUACUAAAUAUGUCUGCAUGCAUUUUAAAUUGUACUUUGCAUGCAUGCUUCUUUUGUUUUAAAGCGAAAAAGAGAAAUAAACCCAUCAAAAUGCACUGAAAACUUAUGUGCUCAUGUUUCUAAACCAUUUAAGCCAGAAGUUGCAAGGUGCUACUAAAAAUAAAGCAAUUAAAAGUU